AAAUCACCUCUCUGCUUUGGCCUUUAUUAUAACAGGGCAGAGAGAGAGAGAGAGAGACAGAGAGAGAGGGCGUGUGAGUGACCGCUAUGCCCGUCGGCGCAUGUUAGCACCGCCCAGGCUUUUGCUACCAAUCGCCAUUGUUUUUGCUUUUUACUCCUUGAAUCUCUUUUCCCUUUGAGCUUUCUGUUUCUGGAUAUGGAUUGAUACUUAGAUUCUUCGGCUUUCUCUCCGAUGGAAACUACGCUUCUUCAACACGGUACGCCAUUGGAGAGAAGUUAGAAUUACAAAAGCAGACCACAAUUUGGUAAUUGGUUUUUGUUUUCGUUUUGGAUUUGGAUUUGGAUUGUUUAUUUUUGUUUUGCGGUUGGUUGGUUGGUUUGGUCGGUUGGUUUUUGUGGUGUUUUUUUGUGUUAUCCUUACUCUGGCGCGCUUAGAGAAACCCUAGCCUUUCUGCUCUCGACGGUUUCGACGGAUUGUUUGGAUUCCAAAUCGCGGAGAAGAAAGCGGAAAUUAAUCUGUAAGGGAACGACAAUGUUGUGGAUAAUGAGAUUUUCUGGAUUUUUCUCGGCGGCUAUGGUCAUGAUUGUUCUCUCCCCUUCUCUUCAGUCCUUCCCGCCGGCGGAGGCAAUUAGAUCUUCUCACCUCGAUUCUUAUCUACGAUUGCCAUCGUCGUCCGCGCAUUCCUUGGAUAAGUUCUCCUUCCGGAGAGCGCCGGCAUUUGGCAAUGCCGGUGAAUGCCGCCGCUCGUCGAGCCUGGAGAAAUUCAGCGUCUGCGAUCCGACUCUGGUUCACGUAGCGAUUACUCUGGAUGUUGAAUAUCUGCGUGGUUCAAUCGCCGCUGUCCAUUCGAUUCUUCAGCAUUCCAAGUGUCCGGAGAGCGUUUUUUUCCAUUUCCUGGUAUCAGAAACUGGUCUCGAAUCCCUAGUGCGAUCGACGUUUCCGGAAUUGAAGUUCCAAGUGUAUUAUUUCGAUCCGGAGCGAGUUCGCAGUCUGAUUUCUAGCUCCGUCAGGCAGGCUCUGGAACAGCCAUUGAAUUACGCUCGGAACUACUUGGCGGAUAUGUUGGAGCCUUGCGUGACCAGAGUGAUCUACCUAGAUUCGGAUCUGGUUGUAGUCGACGAUAUUUCGAAGCUUUGGAGCACGACGCUCGGGAACAGAACCAUCGGCGCACCGGAGUACUGUCACGCGAACUUCACCAAGUAUUUCACCGGACACUUCUGGACGGAUUCUCGAUUCUCCGGCGUGUUCUCCGGUCGCCGGCCGUGCUAUUUCAACACCGGCGUGAUGGUCAUAGAUCUGGCCAAGUGGAGGCGUUUCGGAUACACGCGUCGCAUCGAGAAGUGGAUGGAGGUACAGAAGACUAGCGGCAGCCGGAUCUACGAGCUCGGCUCCCUGCCGCCGUUCCUUCUGGUCUUCGCCGGCCACGUGGCGCCAAUCGAGCACAGGUGGAAUCAGCAUGGAUUGGGCGGAGAUAAUGUGCGGGGUAGCUGCAGAGACCUUCAUCCCGGUCCAGUGAGCCUGCUUCACUGGAGCGGCUCCGGCAAGCCAUGGCUCCGGCUCGGCUCAAAGCAGCCGUGCCCGCUCGACUCGGUCUGGGCCCAGUUCGACCUGUACGGAAAUUAAUUUUGUUCUGGUAAGUCGAUUUCAGUUAUUCCCCAUUUUCUCCUCCUUCAAUUACCAUUAUUAUACAGUUCCAAUUUUUUUCUUCCUUGAUUUAAAAUCAUGCUUCUUCUUCUUCUUCUUCUUCUUCUUUGUUUGAAUUAGUAUUAUUUUAUUUUCUGAACCUUUUGUUCGUCUUUAUUAUCAUUAACUUAUUAGCUGUCCGGCUGGCUGGCAGCCUCCCUUCCUUUGUAUGUAUAUAUACAACAUUUCUUUUGUUCGAAAAUAAAAAUUGAAGCUUGAAAUAACGGCACACCACAUUAUAUAAUUUUUUUUAUUCUUCUGGCUACUAGAAAUUUCACUUUUUAUAUAUGCAUAUAUUUUCUGAAACCGUGCGUGCAUACGUAUGUGUAGAUGGUAGAAAAAUGGUAAAUACUUGGGAAGACCGACGCUGGUCGAUAUAUGUCCAAAAUUAGCCUGGUUUGGACUGAAAUGACGAAAUAGCCCCUUGCGGUGACCGUAUUGUUGUCGGAUUAAUUAUUGUCGUCUGUGUGUGUAUGUAUGUAUGUAGGGUAGGGUAGGGUAGGGUUAGGGUUUGUUUUAUUGAAUUAAAAAAUAUCUUGUGGGAUAAGUGGUAAUGGCAGUGGCUCUAUUCUACAUUACAUUACAGCUGGACAUAGUUGGCAGGAGCUGCUGAUUACAUAUUCGAAAUUUCAAUCUGAUAUUGAUCGUACUAAUCAAAUUUAUAGUACGACCAAUUAUUACAUUUAAUGUCAGUCAAUUUUAGAACAAAUCUAGAGACAUGUAUUUAUGCAUAUAUGUUUGCUCUAGGAAUGAUUCCUUCACCUUUUCAUGAAAAUAUUUAUGUGUUUUUUUCUUUUCUUUAAAUUGGGCAUAUGGAAGAGGGUUGGUAACGAAUGAGAAGUAUGCCUGCCUACCUCUUUCUCUUUCUCUCUCUAAAAUAGUUCAUAAUAAGUUUUGUCAUUCUUUGGGGCUGCUCCCUUAUUUGCAUGAGACAUUAGGAUUGAAUUAUUGCUGGAUUGCUAAAGGCUUUUCACUUUCUAAGAUCAAUUAUUGCAGUUUCAGGUCAAUCUGUUGUGUUUCUAAUGGCACUCUUCAGUAUAUGUCUGAUACUAUUAUUGUGUCAGUAGAAUUAUUCAUUGUUUGUUUAUUCGUGAAUACAGUAGGAAAGAAAAAGGGUUUAUGCAAUAUCCUUGUCAAUGUCAUUGUUGCGUAGUGAGUAUCCAAAGUUGUCAAAAUGUAUGUAUAAGGGGGGGUGGGGGUGGGGGUGGGGUGGGGAUGGAUGCCCUUUGGCCUGACUGGCACCACACGUGGCCAGCUUUUUCCCAUUACACUUUGUUUAUUGUAGUUAUUUUAAUGACAUCUAACUUCUUGUUUGCAAUAUACUACUAUGUGAUUAUUAAUAUUAUUGUUGUUGUGUAUAUAUUAUGUUUAUUUUUUUUUAAAAAUUAGUUUAAUGAUAUUAUUAGCAAGUAUUAUAAGUGAUAGGGACAUGAGCAUCUUAAUUACAUUACAGUAGUAGGCCUCACCUUUAUUAGUUUCUUCUCAAUUGUUGUACUAAUCAUAUAACAAGAUAUUAUGAUUCUUGCAAUUAUUGGUUUCCUAAUUAAAAAUUUCUGUGCAGUAUCUUCCAGAACUGAAGGCUAUAUAUUCAGUUACACCCUGACGUAUCAUAUAAAAUAUAUAUAUAUAUAUAUACACAUAAAAAGAGAAUAUGAGUGUGCGUGUGCGUGAGGGUAGGUAAUUCAUUCAUAUUGGUAGGGAGUGUGUGUUUGUGCACACAUUACUUAAACUAAACAUAGGUGUAGUAUAAAAAGUGCUAUCAACACACUUCUUAUUUUAAGUAUUCCUAUGUAUCUUUGAUCUUCCCCACUGACAAAAUCUUACAUUUAUAGUUUCAGAGAGAGAGAGACACAAAAGUGACCUGGAAUAAAUGAAUUGUGGAUGAAAAUAAAUUAUAUAUAUAUUUUUUAAUAAUUUGGG